GCAAUGGUCCCCCUGCUGAUGGCGACGGUCAAGGGCAAUCAAACCAGGGCGAGCAAGAGUGACCUCGCGGAGGCCAAGAAGGUGCUCGAUGGCGCACGCACGGUGGUGAACCAGCUCAGCGACAUCAUCACUGACACCAAGCCGCCCGCGAAGGCGGCCAUCAAAAUGAUGGUGAACGGCCAGGUCGUCAUGAAGCAGGCCAGGUCCAUGAACUUGGCCAUCACGGGUUUGUUCUGA